AUGACUUUUUGGAGUUUCAACCUGGGAAUAUUUCAAUGUUUUUCAAUUCUCACCUCGUCUAAUCGUCAAUUGCAUACCUUUCAUGACGCCAUAAGUAUCAUAAAGGGUUAUUUUUCGAAGAUGAGCGUCUCAACGGCAGUAAAACCGAGUGAAUCACCGCACGUAUCUCCCGGGGAAAAUUCGUCGCGGUCUUCCCGUGCGAAAAACAAACUUGCAAAGACUCCUAGUUCGCCAUGUGUCUUGCCAAUUCUUGAAGGUGGAAAACCACAGACGGAUGAAAUAAGACGUGAACUAAUGGAUUCCAGUGGAAGAAGUGAUAUUUUGGACCGAGAUAAGACUUUUUUAACUGGAAUGAAUGACUUUAUACCUGAGGAUAUUUUGAACAGUUUGACGCAGCAUCCUGUUCCGCCUUCGCGAGAACAGUUAGGGCCUUCAUCAAAACACAAAAAACUGAAACCUUUAGAGGUAGGGAUCUUUGAAUAACAGGAAUAGGGUGGUUUUAUGUAUCAUUGUAAAAAAUGCGACUCGAUCAAAUACGUUUUCUCUGCAUGUUAUUUGUUUUAGUUCAAUCUUAUUCUUGCAUUAGUUCUAAUUAUUUUUGUCAAAUAGUUAGUAAUGUACAUGUUGUAUGGAAAGCCAACCAAAUUUAAACUGAUUACUGAUCAAAUUGAACCAGAACGUAUUUGUUUACUUAAUUACAUGUACCAUACAGCGGUAAGCACGGAUAAUGUCAUUUCCGAUAGAUUUAAAACAUAGACAUCAUCAUCUUAUUUUUGUGUAAUUAUAUUUACAUUGAAAUAAACUGCUGGAGCGAGGGCAUCUCUUAAUUUUUUGCAGGAUGUGUACAAUUUUUGAACCUUUGAUUACUGUUGAUAUUAGCAUAAUCACUUCCUUCUAUCAACUUUCUAGAUUACUCCACCUGCUCGUAGAAGACCAGCUAAUGUUUGGAAUUUUCCCAGAGGAAGAGAAAAGCUUAAACAUCUUGCAGAACAGCCACCUUGUGUUUGUGGAGCAGGGAGGUAAACAAAGACUUACAACAUGUAUUACAGCUGACAUGGAAGACUAGCCUCCAUUUGGUGCUCAAUAGAUAAACAAAGCCACCAUUUAGUAAGACAAUAUGCAUGGAUAUUUGUUGGCAGACACAAUUUCUUCUGAGUUGCAAACAUGUUUCUGAGAGCAAUGCAUGAGGAAAACUGUGAGGAAUUGAGGAACCAAUAAAGUCCAAAGACAAAUAAAGUACUGGUUAAGAUAUCUGUGCACCAAAUGGGAAUUGCUAUGCAUAUUAUCCUUCAAAUAUCACCUGAUGUUCUCCAGUUUUACCAAUCACAUGCAAGCAAAAAUAUUUGAUGGAUUUUGAUAAUGGUUAUCCUUUGUUGAUGAAUUAAGAUGAUAAUUUACCUGAGAUGUGGGAAAAACAGAUUAAAUUAGUUAAACAUCAUUCAGACCUGAAGUUCAUUUGAAUCAUAACAUUUCCAUUUAAGAGUUCUUUGCUUAGUGUUAAGGAACUGUUGCAAGCAAAGAAGGCAGAUCAAUUUCAACUUAGUGUUGUCUAGAAUAUAGACAUUGUUAUGUCUGUUUUUGUAUUUCACCUUUAUGAAAAGAAGAUUGUAUUAUUUUUCAGGGAUAUUUCAUUCCUAUAUGAUGCAACAGUCCCAGACAAGAGAGUCUUAGACUCAGCUGGAAAACAGCUGGUUAUGUCAGGGCCUGAUGGAAUAAAGAUGUCCCCUGGAGACAAGUAUUUAGAGCGUGCUGAAAAAAGCAGAGAAAGUGAGAAGGAUGCAAUGGUAAAGUUUUGGAGAAUUUUCAUGACAGCACAUUACCUAGAGUAACAAAGAUUAUUGAUUAUUUAGAGUUAGGUUGAACUCUACAGUAAACUUGAAAUUUUGUUUCUGCUCUUUUUCAAUAGGAAGUGAGAUCUCAAAUUCCCAACAGCCUCAUUCCCUCAGAGUAUCAUAUAGUCAAGAAUCCUGGUGUCAUGGGAUUAGAGUUUCAAGAAGAGUAUGUACAGAAAACAUUUGCCAACUGAAGUUAACUUCUCUUCUUGUUUUCAAUAUCAUGUAAUACAUUAUCCACCUCACAUGUGGGGAGAAUAGUUAAGAAUACCUUAUUUGCUCACAAAUUCAGAAGAAAACAAGUGGCAGCUAGAUGGGUAAAUUAUCUGUCAAAUGUUGAAAGUUAAAGGGUAAAUUGAAGUGUGAAAAAGUAUUACAUAUGAUUCAAAUGUAACACACACAUCUGGUUCAUUUUAUAUUUAAUAGGCAAAGUAAUCAUGAACAUUCAUUCCUUUUUCAUUAACUCUAAAUAAUUGGUUACAGUUGUGCAUGUACAUACCUUUAUUCAUGAUGUAACUCAUACAAAUCUCCAUUGUUUAUUUUUUUGAUAUGUAAAAGUCACAUUUAUUGUUAUUACAGUAAGUAUACCACAUAUGUUCAUGGCCAUGAGGAUCAUCUUACUGUUUUCCCUUCAAUGUAAGUGAACCCUGGUCAAUUUUUUGAAAUAUAAUUUGUCAAUUUUUUAGCCAUCAUUUAUUUGCAUCUUACUGGUAUUUGGAUUAAAUAUGCCUUGCUCUUUCUUGUAAAAAUUUGUACUAUCAUCUUGGUAUGUAUGUUAUUAGGAAAAACUUAAGGGGUGAGAAGAACAAGAUUUAGAUGACACAGGGUGUGUCUUCUGGUCACCUUGUCUUGGCUGUGUAAUAAGUAAGAAGAAACCCAAGCCCUUUUUGCCAUUAUACAUCUUGGGUCUACUUCCUUUUCAAGCUAGCGAAAAAGAAAAAUUAAAAAAACCUUAUAAGGGAUGGACUAUGAGCAAUACCAUUUAGCUAAACUUUUUGGAUAGUUGGGUGGCUGUCAACAUGAAGGAUUCUCAUUUAUAUCUACUUGUUCAUGUUGAUUGAUUUGAAAUGUUUAUAUUAUUGAUAAAUAGGAAUCAUAGAAAGACAGUGAAUUUUCCUAUCAUAAAGAUUCUUUUUUAUUUGAAGGAAACCAACAGGGAGACAAGAAGUGCUUAAACUAAAGGUUUGUUGUAGAUCCUUUCUGCUCUUUAGGGACCGGUCAUUAUUUAUCGCCUGGGGGGGGUCGGAGUAUUUUUGUUGUCACAUCGGAGCAUUUACCUGAUCCCCCCGUAGAGUAUCUAGUUUUUUAGAGAUCCCCCCUUAUCGGUAGUGGAAAGUUUCAUGAUCCCCCCCCCUUUUCUCCCAGCCACCGCCAAAUAACUUUUUGAAUAUGCAAGUGAUAUUUUAAUAGUGGUACUUACGUCUCAUGGACCUUGAACCACAACGGUAAAUAUUUGCUCGUCAGAUACGAACUGAAUUGUCGAGGAAGUGCCAAUCUCAGGCUGUUCAUCCAAAUCCACGAAAACAUAGUCAUCGUCGCUCUCUGCCUCUCCACUUUCGGAUUCUUCAUCCUCGGAUUCCACGUCAUCUUCAUCACUCGACAGUUCUUCUGUUAUCACAGUCUCUUUAUUCUGUCGGUAAUAGUGACAUCGAAUGGCCUUCACUUUGUCAAGUUUCCGACCCACAGUCGUCAAACCAUGCUUGUUGAGAUACAGGUCUAGUUCUCUUACCCGCAACUUUUCAACUUUGCCACCCUCGAUGAGGUUAUCCCAUUGAAAGUCCUUGUACGUUCGUUCGGCCUCUUGCCUUCUUCGCUCCUGAGCUGCUCUUGUUCUGAUGUCCUUUCGGAUCUCAAUAUCCUUCAAAUGAUUAACAUAUGCAAUGACGUGCUUCUCUUCCACAUUAUAUUUUGAGCAGAAGCUCUUCAUGGUAUCCUGAUCGUUUCUGAUACUGUCAGAAUGUUCCUCGUACAGAUCUUUAAUACAUUUUCUUGGAAGGUAAUCAUCUGGUGUCCUGCCCGUCGAUUCCGUCUGAUAGAUAUCCAUGAAAUGUCCAGGAUUGUUUGAAUCUGGUACAGGUUGCGGAAUUCUUUCCGUUUCUGGACCGACCCAUCUAUUGUUAGAACACCAGGAACAGAGAUAUAAAAUAUCUUCUUCCCAACCCACACACAGAAAGGCUGAAAUUCUACAAUAGUGUUGUACCGCAGAUUUAUGAAUCUUCAUUCGUGAGUAAACAAGCCGGUUUCAAACAGUAUCUCCUCGAGCAACAGCAAAUGCGUUGGCAGUUAAACACAAAGAUAAAAGCCCUUUCCGAUAAAGAAAACAACUUGCUUAGAAACGAGAAUUGGGGAGUGUGCCAAAACAUCACGAAGUUCAUGUCAGGCGUGGAUGGAUGUAAGGGCAGUGGUGAUGUCGCGAAGUGUGAGUCCUCCUUGACCACUGUCAAUGAGGCCUUUAAUUCAGCAUCCGAUUUGCUCUCAUUUAUCGACAACAGACGAAAGAACCUUUAUACAGAAGAGCAUACCUUAAGGUCGUUUGCAAGUGAUGAGCUCAAAUAUUUCCAGGAAGCUCAAGAGCGAGUGAAGGCCAUACACCAAGAGCUGCAGAAAGCCUCCAAUGCGCUCACGACCACCCUCAUGAGCUUGAAGAGAAAGUUCCCAUCUCCCAUGGGGAACAACGGCCAAUCCCGAAGAAAAAAAGAAAACAAGAGAAAAGUGAAAAAAAUCAAGGAGAAAAGGUUGCAUCAGCGAGCAGCAAUUCUCCUAGAAAAACUUACCUCAAAAGAGGUAGCUAAAGAGGUUUUCGAUUCACUCGAAAAGAAUACUUACAAAUGUGUCUCAAGUAUUAAUGCAGGAUUCACUGCGAGAUUUGUCAAGCGUCUCCACCUGGAUCCUCUGCUAUGGCUUUUGGAAAGAGGCGUGUUUGAAACAGAGCUGGCACGCAAUUUGAAAGUGGUAGUGGCCAGAAUGAACGAAGAGAAUAGCAGUAAUGGUGCUGAAAAAGGGUCAAGUUCGGGCGAGGAUUCAGAUGAAUCUGACGAGGAGACUGUGCAAGAGCCAGUGGAGAGGGCUGCCGAAGAUUCUGACACGGAAGCGGAACAAGAUACAGCCUCACCAAAAUAAACACUUUUUUAUUUGUUGUUUUCAUUCGGCCGCGUAUUAAAAUAAUGAAAGUUUAUGAUUUUAGAUUACGAUUCUCUAUAAAACAAACUGAAACGUUAUGAAACAAUUUUGAGCAAUUGUAAGUAUUCCAUUCUCAAAAUCUUGAUUACCUUUCUAAUUUAGAUCGUGCCUGAAUAAAAACGUGUAUGUUAGACUACGAUAGUGAUUCUUUUUACAAAAUGGAGGGUCUGUAAAAGGGUUUGGGUUUUGUGUCUGGGCUAGAAUAGAGUUUAUAUAAUACAAAAUACAACUGAACGUGGUCUUGAAUAUAUGGUUGGGGGUUUAGAGUCUCAGCGGCAAAUCCUACCAAAGUAUUUACAAAUGCAAUCACCGGGGUCCCGGCGCGACCUAAAAUUCCUUUUUUUUGGUCUGAUCCCCCCAUUAUGCUUGUCAAUUACGGCUGAUCCCCCCUAAAGGUCUUCAAAAAACCAUGUGAUCCCCCCCUAAAUACUCCGACCCCCCCCAGGCGAUAAAUAAUGACCGGUCCCUUAUUUAGUGCCAGGAGCUGUUUUUUUUUAUAUUGGCCACUGUAUCUACACAAUCACUUAAUUUACAUGUCCGUUAAUGAUAAUUUUGCCUUAGGGAAUGUUUUGGGUUUAACCAUUUUUAUUUGUUUUUUCUUUGUAGCAUGCUAUGGAUUCUAUGUUGGCACGUGCUGGUGUUGAUGAUGAAGGCAGAGAAUUAUCGGGCCCAACUCAGGUACAAGAGAUGAUUGCACAAGUCAUUCUUAUACAAUUUGAACAGAUUUUCCUUGAUUAAUACUAAAAUUUUUUCUGGCAUUAUUUAUUAUAGUCUAGGAAGUUUUUGAUUAAAUGACCAAAUGGUAAAUGACAGAGCUUUAAAUGAAACUCUCUCUGGGUCAUCUUGUCGUGAACUUAGGUCAUAAGAUUGUCCUCAGCAUUAAAAUUUUAGUAGAAAGAUAAAAAAAAAAGAAUGAAAAAAAAAAGGAAAAAAAUGGUAAAGGACAUUUUGUGCAAUAUUGCAUUCAUACAAUCAUGUGCUGCAGUUUAACAGUUGCAGACUGUAUAAUUGCUGCUGUGCUGCCAGUAUAAGUUCACUAAGUAUAUAGUCUAAGGUUUACUUAAUUAGGGCAAAAGUUAUCAUUGCUUAUUAUUUUAUUUUAUAAUAGAUGAGGUACCAGUAACCACCUUGACUAGUAGUUUAUUUAUCAUAAUGACAAAAUGUUUGGCAAGUUUUACAAGAGUUGUUACCACAUGUACAUAUGACUUCCUUGUAACAAUGGAAAAUAAUUCUUUUCAGAUUCACAACCUUCUUGAGCUGGUUAAAAAGGAGCAAAACAUAUACAAUGUAGCGUUUAAUGAAAUAAUUCGUCAAGUAAGUGAUAAUUAAAUCUUACCGCCUUGUAGUUAUUAUAUCCAUACACUAAGGUUACUUUGAAUAACUCUUGAAUAUGCAGUUAGCCGUUAUUGUUGUGAAUAAAAUGAGCAAAAAUCUAGACUUAAAUUCAUCUUACUGUAGUUAUUGUUUUGUCCAGUUUAUAUAAUUUGUAGAAGUAUAUAGAAGCUAGAUUAAAUCAUACAUGCUAUAUGAAAGGGAACUGUUUACCAUUAGUAAGAGGUAACUGCACUUGAUUCACAGCGGAAACCUCCUGUGGUGUUCACAGUUUUCUGAGUUUCAUUAUCACACUCCAACACUCCCAAUGCUAGUUCAACUUGGAAACAGUGGACAAGAAGAGCCACCUCAUAGAAUGACCACCUCUAAAUUCCAUUCGUAUUAUUAUUAUCUAUUUUCAGGUAACGGUUGAAUGUGCAGAGAGGGGAGAACUGUUAGCGAACUUGAGGAAGCGCUAUGCAGAUCUCUUAGAUCGCAUUCCCAGACAAGUGAAAAGGUAACAAAAGACUGAAAACACUAAUCCAUCGAUAGCUGUUCAUGUUCCUAAGUUUAAUGUACACUUAUCAUCAAGAGAAUUAAUUACAACCAGCAGUUAGCAUAAAUCUGCCACACUACAUAAUGUUCCUUACCACGCCUCCGUACUCUGUGAUUUCAUUUAUUCCUCAAUGGAGAUGAAAGUUAAGACUAAUGUAAUAAUUUUGAAUUUUGAUUUCGGAAAAUGCAACUAAAAUAUUGGCAUCUAGGUGUAAAAAUUCAACUGUUAAAAAAAUUCAGCAUCGUCUAUUUUCUUUGCAGUCUCCACCAGGAAGUUAUUGCUCAGAGAGCUUUAGACAGGUAGGAAAACUGUCAGUAGCUUCUACCUGUGUCUUACCAUUAAACACAAACCUAUUAGGAGUUAUCCAGCCUGUUCCAGGUGUUCUGUUAGGAAAAUUAAGCGAAAUAGGAAACGGCGGGAUUUUUAGUAGCGACAGGGCGAAAACCAAGGAGGUCUGGUUUAGGCGUAUUACGCGACCCGACUCAAACCUCCUCACGCUUCGUUUUACUAACUGAGCGCCUUGAACAGGUCAGGAGCUCUUUUGCAAUAUGUUCUCUUUUUGCCUUUCCGUGAAUGUGCAAAACUUACUUAACUGUACCCUCUAUAGGAUAAGUGUUCUCUAUGUGCUAGAAGGUGUUGUUAACAAAAUGUAAUGGCUGACAUCAGAAUAAAAUAUCUUGUGACUUGCAUUUCUGACACAUCAAGCAUUUCUGAUUCUCUAAUUGUAUUUAAUGUUUCGUAUGCAAUCAUUUUUCCGGUACAGGAGAUUAACGGAAGAACUUGUGCGAUUUAAAGCAUCUAUAAGUUCUCUAACCAGGUAUGUAAAGUAUAUUGCCGAAAACUUUCAGAUAGAGCAAUUUUCAAUUAAGCAUCGAGAUUGAUCCGAAUAGCUUUGUUUUUGCUUUACUUCGCUCAGUGAUUGGUUUAGAAAACUCGCGCCACUCUCUGAACCAAUCAGAUGCCAAACUAAACACCGAUCACGACUUGAUCGCUUGCAUUUACCCGCGCUCUAGGAAUUGUGGAUGGUUUUACUUUGAGUUCUCAUCGGCUCUUAAAGUAAAUUUCCUUUCUUUUGAUUACUGUGGUUACUUUGGUUUUGGGUUUAAGACGCUCAAUCGAAAAAGCGCUCUACCAUGCAAUUACUGAUUUGGCAGCAUCGAGAAAACUCAGAGAAGACUUAGUGAUAAUUUGUCAUUUUUGUCUUUAUUGUUAGUGAACUUGCUUCAGUAAAGGCUCAUGAUCGGGAAGUUACCCAACAGGCCAAAUAUGCCCAAGAAGAGGUAAAUGAAUUAAAAAAUUAUUUUUGUAUCAUUUUGAGCAUGAAAAUCCGAAAAUUUCAUUUGUAAUUUCGAAUAAAAGGAGCCGAUGCUCUCCACGUUGUUUAUUGACGCGUGUCUCGUUUGCAUUCUAUUUUAGCUGCACGAGGCACUGGAGGAAUCCGAUAAGAACGCCAGGUAAGUUUCAGUGGUCAUACAGUUAAAGAAAUCUUGGUUGUUGCAAUCUUUAAACAAACCGUUUUCCAUGUAAGGUUCCAGAAAUCCAUUCAAUUGCUAAUAAUAUUUCGUUUUUUGUCACGCCUUUUAGCUUGAUUUCAGAAUACCACGACUUGUACGAGCUACAAAGAAAGAGACUUGAGGACCUCGUUGGUGAGUACUCUUAACGAUAUUUUAGCAAUAAUUUUGUAUGUUGCACGCUUUGUAUGUUGUUACGAACACUUUUAGAAAAGGGUAAAGAUUGUUUUGCUCACAGCUACUUCCUGCCCUCCCUGGUAAACGUUUAAACGUUUGCUUGGAACCUUUUUAUAAUAAUGGAUAGUACCUUUUUUCCUUGCGCAGGCAAAUUAACUGAAGAACGUGAUUUGUGGAGCAGUGCAGCCUAUACCCUUUCCCUGAAGGUCACAGACAAACAUUCGUUAAACACAGCUAAGAAAUUACACCUCUGUGAAAAAGCCUGGGCCAAGUUGAGCCGACACUUUGCAAUAUUCCUGAGUGAAAAGGACAGUAUACAGGUUUGCAGAACCCUUUUUUUCUUUCUCUCUCUAAUAUGAUCUAUCUUUUAUUCUCCUCCAGAGUUUUUACAAAUUUAAUUGUUCUUCUUGACUUGUUCACGGCUUUUAGUUUUCUGACAUUGCUAAAAUUUUUAAGUCUCUGUUCUGUAGUUUGUAGUUUUCUUCCUGAAAUUUACCACUUUCCCUGUUUAUUUUUUGGUCUUGAAAGUUAAAAAUGCCGAUAACUUUCUCUUGCUUUGUAUUUCAGCUGGAGACCUUGACUCACCAUGUUCAGAAGUGGAGAGAGCUCUCCGAUAAGUUUAACAAAAAACUCGUUUCCUCUGAAGAAGAAAUGAAAAUCAGGGUCAGUUUGCUGGAAUUUUUUUGGUGGUUAAUUUGUUUUUUAGUGUAGAGCACAAAGUUUAUAUUCUUAUUGAACUGGCUAUGUGUGCAGGGAGCCUAGUAGGUCAAGAAGUAUGUGUAUUUUAACCCUACGCUAUGUUGGUGUAAGGAUUUAAAACAAACUUUAUUUGGAUGUACACUGUUUUGUUUGGAGUGUGACGGUCAUCGACUACGCCCUUUAAAAAUUUUGUCACGCGUGAAAAGAACCAUAGCGGGUUGUGAAAGGCGGUUAUCAUCCGAAUAUCUUGGUAGUUGUAAUAGUUGUAGACUUUUUAUUUAUUUGUAAUUUGUUUGGUUUAAUAUAGCUUGAAAGACUGAUAGGUCAACUUCAAAGAUGGAAGAAGGAGUUUCUCAAAAUUGUCAAGUAAGUGAGAACGUUAUACCAUUCUUCUCUUGGCAAGAGUCAUGUAACCAAUGGAAGAAUACGUCAUUGUCUGUGUUGUCUGAAGUGUUGAAAACAUUGUCACAAAUUUAACAGAUAAAUUGUUUGUGAGGCAUGCAGUUAUUGGGAAAACCUCUUCCCUCAGGAGAAAAAGUAUUCCAACAUUAUUUAAUAAACGGUUAGGAAUAUAUGAAAGUCAUAUAUAUUUGAACUGCGGAUAAAGACGUGAAUGAAAGUGAUCCUCGCAGUAAUGUGCACUACUUAAGCAGUAGUGAAAAUAAGGCCGGAAAAAAAUUCAGGCCUGUACGGGAUUUGAACCCAUGACCUCUGCGAUACUGGUGCAGCGCUCUACCAACUGAGCUAACAAGCCAACUGGGAGCUGGUCAUGAUGUUGGUUCUAAAUAAUCAUUUAAGUUGUUUGUUGAGAUGAGAUACUUAAGCUUUAUCGCUGGGACUUACAAUGCGACAAAUCUUAGCCACAGGUCUCUUCCCUAGUCGCCAUGUUCGUUCUUGUUCCAAAACGGGUCUCGCGGUUCGUCUCAAUGCGAACAUCACACAAAUUCAAAUCAGUUUAAAAAGCGAGUUUACAAAGCGAGUUGCCGCCUUGUGUAUAUGGGCCUUCGUAGAAGAAAAGACUUAACCAAAAUUAUAGAGUUUCUAAUAAGGAAAACACUUAUACUGUUUCCAUUCAGUUAUGAUAAUGGCAGUGUGCGUCCCCCUGACGAGCAGUUUAUCAAGAAUUUAUCCGAGGAUUUGAAAUCAUGGGAGGAGACAUUGAACCAAGAGGCAGAGCAUUUCACAGGGGAGACACUCCUAUCACGUGAAGACGAACUGUACCAGAUGAACAGGGAGGUGGAUGGAUGGACUGAUGUGGCGCUUAAGGUAAACAAAUAAUGACACAGGGGGUGGGGUAGGUGAGGUAUUUUAUUUAUAGGGCUUAGCCAGAUUGAAAGAGAUGUUCCCCUCCUGUGCAAGUUGAACCGUAGGUCGGGGAGCUUAAAUUUCAAUUGAUCGGGUUUGGCCACACCGUAAGUUGGGGGCUCUUCCUUUGAUCACGUUUGGCCACACUGAAAGAGUCCAUUCUUGCCUUUGCUAGGAAAAACGGAAUUCCAUAAUUCGCAAUUACACGCGUGCAAAUUGCAGGCAAGGUGCUAGACUUCCCAUGCGUUUAGUGUAAGUCUGCUCGAAGGUUACAAAUGACGCCGAGAACCGUUUUUUUUAAACGUCAAGUUGCAAAAGGAAAAGUGUCGUCAUCUUUAAAAACAACAUAUUGCUAAAGUAAUCCUGCUUAUACCUUGUUCUUGCCACUAAAGUGUUUUGCUGAAGGCUACAUAUAUUAUGAUAAUGAGAUCACACUGAUAUGAAAUUUCUAGUUUGUAAACGAGUUUUGUCACGUUAUUCAGGUAUUCAGCCGCCACGAAGCUGACGAUGGAACAAGGUGGCUGCAACACGAAGUGAUGUCCCAGUUGAACCAAGAAGUAGAUCGCUUACAUCAGCAGUAUCACGUAAGAAUUAUCGGAGAAAACGGAGUGGCCAAAGGGAUUAUUGAUCUGGUGAAUCCAAUCGAAACAUGGUGAGCAGAUUUUGUCUGUCUAUGUAAGUGAAGGUGUGUUGAUUUAUUGACGUGACUUUUAUUUUAAAAGACAUGCGUGUCUUAAAACAAAUAUUUUGUAUAAGAAAUAUGGACUGCUGUUGUGUUGUUUAAAUUAAGAAUAAUAUUGUUAUUGUCCUCGUUAAUCUGUUCUCGAAUGUAAUCUCGCUUACUAUAAUUCUCAUUGUGUUAAGUGUUUUAGAUAUGUAAGACUUGAAGCUGUUUUAUCAGCGAGAGGCUCACACAUUUGCUCAGCGAGUUUGCUUAAGCAAGUUUCCCCCUAACUUCUCAACACUAUCUUCCGCUCGGUGAUCAGGCCACAAAACUCGCUUGAACUUGUCAACCAACCAUUGUAACCCUAAAGAUGCAAAACUUACACUAACGGCGACUUAAUCACUCGCCUUUUUCGGUGUUGGAGUCCUUCUGUUUCAUGCGUCAGAUUCUUUGAAUAGUCAUUAAAAGAAUUAGAUGAUCUUCAAAUAAAGUUUUGAAAACAUGUCCAGGGGCAGACUGAAAAAGAACAAUGUGCUCCUUAAUGUGAUAAUUUCGUUUGCUUGUAUCAGCUAUUUUAACUCCGUCCGUUACAUAACAUUAACCUUUGUCCAAUCCAUUAAAAUAUUUUUUUUAUCCCAAGGGGAAACAAACUUAAUACUAUCCUAAAUGGAGGUGACAUGCUGCUCGACGCGGACUGGAUACGACUUUCGGAUCAGGUACGCGAAGAAUGGGCUGAUCACCUCACUGAAACGCUUGCUCUGAUUGGCUCAACGCAGAAGGAAGGUGCUCGGUUGAGCGGAGAGGAGGAAAAUCCAGUGAACGUGGAAGAAGUUUUUAAAAACGCUGUUAAAUGGCUGUCAGCGACAACAAAUGGGAUUGACAACGAGGAUGCCAAAGUUGUUGAAAGAGUAGGUUGAAAAAGAAAAUCAUUUUUCUUCUGUGUUGCACGGUGUUUUUAAACAGAAUAUGUUUAAGUUAACUUGUGGGCGCGUUAAGUUUGGUGUUGAGAUUUUGCGAAAUCUCUUGAAAGCUUUUUGACUGCGAGAGACUCUCUCAUACAUUUGGUUAUCAACUAACAGUCGGUAAUCACAGCAAAGUGAUUUUCGUGUACAAGCAGGGCUGCUUUCCAUGUCUUCUACAGUUACGUGAACUUUAAGUAAAAAGGAAGCAUCCUUUAAGUAAAGUAAUUUCACCUCUGACUUGGUCACUCUCUUUUUCCGGUCCUCGGGGCAAUUUUCUUGUACGUUGUUGCCAUAUUUAACUUGUUCCAAUCGUUUCAGUUCUAGUUUUAUGACACCUAAUCAAGAAGUGCUCUAAUUUGUUUUUUGGUGAUCGUUGUUACUAGGUUACACAACUUCAUAGCGCUAUGAUUCGCUGGAUGAUCACAGUUCUCCUUCGCCUGACCCCAGACAUGGAGGACAAAGAACUGGAAGAGAUUAACAAAGAGACAGAUGAUCAAGAGGUGGAUGCCUCUCUAGGAGGUGGAGAAAUCCUGCUUCAAGCCAUUCCUGAGGAAAUAUGCAGUCGGGCGCAGAGGUUGUUUGAAGAACUGAGAAAGUUUUCUGGUCUUUUGGCAAAAUGCUGCUCUGAUCUGGUAAUAGAUUUGAUGCAGGUAAGGAAAAUGCGAGCAAAUGCAUGACGCUCGUUCCGUAAUACGCGCCUCCAAAAGUAACCACCUUGUCAGCUGAGCCAAUUUCACAGUAAGGUCCUCGUUAAUAAUGACUGAGAAGUAAAUAGAGCUUGAUGUUUAACUGCACUGAAAUGUUACACCGGCUCUAAGUUGAAGGCUCUAGUUGUACUUUGUAAGGUUUCUCUUCUCCUCUUGAAAACGUUCAGAGUUUAAAACGCACAUUCAGGGCUAUUGUUCUGCUCAUUUUUAUUAUUUACUUUUUUUACCAGUUUGUCGUCUCCGAUUUCUUCACACUUUGCUUAAGGUAACCAUAUCAUGUUUUACAGGAAAAGCGCGAUCAAGGUGAUGAACACGCAGAUAUGGACUUUAAAGAUCUUAAGCGGCUGAGUGUGGAAUGUGAAGGUUGGAUACGAACUGCUCGGUUGCUCAUCCAGGAUGUUAUGGGAGAGGACUUUGUCUUUGAAGAUGUUUCUGCGAACACGAAGAAAGGGGCUGAUAGAGCGGUGUCUACGGAUUCUAAAGUCACUGAAACUGAGGUAACAUUGAAAUAAUAUACGUGUUUUUGCUUUUACGUUGUCGUGUUAUGACGCAAUAGAAUCUUGUCUCUUCUCUUUGGCUUUCUUUUAUUUGUGUGGUCAAGUGUACGGUUACUGAACUUCAACUCUCGUUUUGCCCUCAGAUAUUUUCGCAUGGGUUAAUAAGAGACGUUUCAAGGGAUUUUUGUUUGGGUCCAACAAAAGUUAUAGUUUAAGAAAGAUGUCUUUCUUUUUAGUCUCGAGUGUUCAGAAAUAAACAAGGAUACGAACCUCGGACCUCCAGAAUUCACGGUUCGAGGCUCAAUCAUUGAGCCACAGAGAACUCGAUGCCAAGCCCGAUCUUCUACCAAAUUGAAGCUCUGUAUUAAUAAAUGACGUACACUUAAGUAAAUCGGUCAUUUCUUUAAGGCUGAAGAUAGUGAUACUAAGCAAAUUGAAAAAGUGGAGGAAGCAGAGCCAGUGAAAGAAGCAGAAAAACAAGACGCUGACAAACUUGGAGCUGUUCUUGAAGUUCAGGAAGACUCAGCGAAAGAACAAGCACCCGUGGAAACUACUAACACAUCUGAUGUUACUGAACCUGCUGUAGACACCAGCGAGGAAACAAAAGGGGAUGAGUCUGGGAAAGGGCCUGAUGAAGCUCUUCUUGUCGAAGGGCCAGACCAAGAACAGGACGCAUCCCGGAUGCACGUGCUUGGACAUGAUGAUAAUAUAAGAACCAAGUCCCUCGAGGAGCUUCCUCCAGACCAGGUACUUUUUAACACAGUAGUAUUACAGUACUGAAUAUUAUAUAACUUAUCAUUCGUUUUUUCAUUUCUGGGUGACGACUGCCGCAGUGACCAAAGCCAAGCUACUUUUUCUCUAAUUGGCACGUAUAUGGAAAGUUUUUGUAGUCUCAGUCAGACGUAAUCUCCUGGUUUAUUUUACUUAUUUAUAUUUUUUGUCGGUAUGUUGGUAAAAAAGAUAUGUUGGUUUGUCGUAAUAGUCAGGCAAAGAUGGUGCUAAAAUUAUGCUAUUGUGAGGCAUUUUCAGGCCAAAGAGCACAAGGUCUCUACCAUCAAAAGAAAAAGGAAAACCAAAAGUGAGCCAGUAUCUAGUCAACGGGCAGUGACAACUGUUUCGACCUCAUCAGGCUUCAUCGGCAUGGCGCAGGUUUCCCGCCUCUUGGAAAAAAAUAUAGAUGCAAGUUUGGCAAUCCAGUGACACAAGUAUAACAUCCUUGUAAGGUGAUGUAAUUUUCUCUAUUUGUCUUUUGACAGGAGCUAGAACUGCUGACUGUUCCUGAAGGCGAAGGUCAAUUGCCUGGUGAGUGCAUUUUUGUUCUAUAUCUAGAUACAAAUGUGCUGCUCUCUUUGAAAUGUUUGUUGGAAACCUUACUAGUAAACGAAAAAUUUUUUCAUAUCGUCAAGGACAUUUUUAGAGUUAUCUAACGAUCAGUUGAACGUUAUUAGUAGAGCGUAAGGCUUGGGUUUACUCACGUUGUUUACAAGCAAAAACAGUAUGAUGAUAAAGAUGUUUUGCCAUGUUUCCUUCAGCUCGCUCUCCGUCACCAGAUACUAAGAAGGCUCUGGAAGCCCUCGCUGCUGUAGAAAGACUUCAAGCACAGCUACUGUAAGUUGUUUCUCUUAAUUUUUUUUUUCUCAAAGGACCGUGUAAUAUCUGCAAAGACUCUGUAAAUUGUCCGUCAUUUACCUUCAUGCAAAAGUCUGGAUUUGUCUCUGGCCCUUUUUAGUCAUGGUCCUUUCCAAAAGUUUUGAAGCGUAUUCUCUAAACUCUUUUGAAAUUGCUGCAAAACACCCCAAACAGAAAGUGAAUGUUGGCGUCCUCGGUCUAGGCGAUUCAAAUUGCGUCAUAAUUGCGAUGACGGUUGGUCAUGCUCUGACGCGCGUGCGCACACUAUGACAGUUUGUCUUCUUCAACACGUGCGCACGCAUAAAAUGUGACAUUGCAACGGUGAGAGUUUGUCUUGUUCUAACGCACGUAGUCAGGACGGGAAGGGGAAUUUCUUAAGAAAACUAGAACUUUUUUUCAUGGACGCCGUCCUCGGUGUUACCUUUCUGACUGCUUCACGUCUCAAAUUGAUCACAACGAUGACUCGUCUUGUCCUAACUCGCGUUUGUUGUCUAACGCGCGUCGGCGCGCCAAAAAAAUGCAUAAUUGCACCGGCGGUUCAUUUAUUCGUCUCAGGUCCCCACAACUCAUAUUCCAAUGAGAUUUGAAAUAAGUCAAAGACAAGUUGUAGAUAUUACCCGGAGGAGAGCGGGAAACUUUGCGGGGUCAGUGUGUUACCUUGAUGAGAAUUGAAACAAGAUCACUUGAGCUAGUUACCGGUUGCAGUUUUGUUAAAAAAUAUGGAAUUAAUUGGAAGAACUUUCAAAUCCGCGAUAGGAAAAUGUGUUCAUUUGCCUUCAUUUUUUUUGUUGAAUGACGCAGGGAAACAGAAGAGAGAGCCCAAGCGGCCGAAGAGCGAGCUAUCCAAGCUGAAACUGACCUGAAACAAGCUCUAGAAAAAAUCCGAGCCCUUGAACGGUCAGCGUCCCGUGCAAGUGCGAUAUCGGCAGGGGAAUCUCAGACACCUGCGGACAGACCGGUCAGCACUAGCAUGUCAAAGCGACCCACCUCUCAAGCUUCCACUGCGCAGGCGCAGACGCCUCAGCCUCCACGAACAGCUUCCCAGCAAUCCACAAGGCCCUCAACUCGGGCAUCAACAAAGAAAAAAUAAUUUGUUAUGUAAAAAGUUGCGAUGUAACAUUAUCAAGGAGUAAGUGACAGAAGAUUCACCAACACUCAACCUUUGUAAAUACACAACAGUGAAAAAACGAAGUCCCUCAGAUUUUGAAAGACUUCUAGGUUUGAAAUAGGUAUUGUAUUUAUUUUUAUAUCAGUCAAACAACUCCGCGCAUAAUUUAUUUUGACUAUGAUUUGCGUUGAUCAAGUUUAGCGACCUCUUUUUCAUCGGUAACUCUUUCCGUACAUGUAUAUAUGGUAACCCUUCCAUUGCUACCAAACAACAAAAAGAACC